AUGCCAAUCAAAGAAGGUACUUCAGCACCAAGAAAAAGAGACGCUUUAAAACAAUUUUUACAUUGGAGCAAACCCAAAUUUAAUUCAAAUUCAAGAACGGGUUCAAAUGCAUUUAAUGAAGAAAGAGAAGAUUUAGAUGAAGAUUAUUUAGUUUGUGGAAUCCCUAAAAAUGAUAGUACUAUAACUUGGGAUAAUAAUUCAGCAGAUGGUGAAAAUGAUUAUGAUGAUUUAAGAUCAUGUGCUUUUUUUUCUAUGUCAAAAGAUAUUAUUGAAACUCCAAUAACAGCUGAUGUUAAAGAUGAUGACUUAAUUAAUGGUAUUUUAAAAUUAUUAGAUGUAUCAAAAUCAACUGCUGGUUUAGAUGAAAUUAAUGAUAAGUUAUCAGUUUAUAAUUACAAUAUCAAAGCAGGUGGUAAUGAUGAAGAACCUAAACCAAAGAGAAUUUAUAAAUUAGAUAAAAGAUUUGACUACUACUUAGACUCCAACACUUUAAAAAUUAAAUGUGGUCAUAUUAUAAAAAUUUUACAAAAAUUAGAUCAUGGUAUGGCUUUAGUUGAAGAUGUAAAAACCAAUGCCAAAGCAGUUGUUCCAAGAAUGUAUCUCAAUGAAUACAAAAGAGGUGAUAGCUUACAAAAUUAUCAAGAAUACAAUACUUAUGUUGAAAAAUGGGCAAAAAGAUGA